AUGCUUUCAGGAUGGCUCUUCCAAGAGCUUAGGCACAGCCUCUUAAUUGAUGUCUUCAAGUACUCGCCUCAAUGCCUUCGCACACGCGCGCGUAUAGGCAAUACAGGACAAACAGGCCACUUUCAGCAACACUGUAUAUUGCGACGUUGCGCCUCGUCUUCAUCAACGCGUUGGAAGACUCGCCAGGGGAAAGACUCCUUCGCCAAAGAAGCUAAAGUCAAAGGUCUCAAAAGUCGCGCUGCAUUUAAGCUCCUUGAGAUGAAUGAAAAAUAUAAGCUUUUCCACGCUGGAGACACUGUAGUCGACCUGGGCUAUGCGCCAGGCUCUUGGUCCCAAGUGGCCAUCAAUCGAACUUCACCCGGUGGCCGAGUUGUCGGUAUAGACAUCAUCCCUGCACAACCUCCUCGCGGCGUCUCAACGAUACAAGGCAACUUUCUCUCCCCCGAAAUACAAGCCGAGGUGCGUGCGUACAUCCAGGACUGGUCACGAGGACGAUCACGACAACAUACGAUCACGAGUGUACAGAGCGAAGAAGGGGUCGAUGCGCUGGAAAGUGGUUACAUUGACCUGGAACGACGAGUCAGUUCAGAUGAGUCUGAAGACUCCGGCAUAGAUGCGUUGAGGGAGGGAGCAAAAAAAUCGAAGCUUUCUCAGAGGGACCUUCGACACGGAAGAGUUGUCGAUGUCGUGUUGAGUGACAUGUCCGCACCCUGGGAUCAGACCGAUGGAUUCAACAAGAACAGCAUUAGUAACCCCUACAACAGGAUGAUGAACACGAGCGGUGUAUCAUUCAAGGACCAUGUAGGAAGCAUGGUAGGAAGUACGUUGGACUUAUGUAAUGCCGCUUUAACGUUCGCUUUCGAUACCCUGAAAACCGGUGGUCACUUUGUGUGUAAAUUCUACCAAGGUGGAGAAGAUAAAGAGUUGGAGAAGCGCCUCAAAAGACUAUUCAAAAAAGUGCACAGAGAGAAGCCUGAGAGCUCGAGAGCUGAAUCCAAAGAGUCCUACUUUGUCGCAACGAAAAGAAAAGAAGAUGCAUUACGCGAGGACGUGGUGGAAAUAUCUUGA